AGACCAUCACAUUGCAAGUCUACUGAAGAUAAUGACAAAAUAUCUUUCCUUUUCGGUACACAUCCCCUGCUCAAUGUAAAUGUUCUUCGCUGUUUCGCACAUGAAAUUUUCACAACAAUUUUCAUGAAAUGGUUUGAAUUGUUGCUGUUAACGCGUUAAAGCUUUCAGUAUUUUGCACUUGUAUACUGAAUUCCACAUUUUGAUGUUCUUCGACCUACGAAGUAUCCGCAAAAAGCUAUAUAGUGCACAGAAUAGAUUUUCUGCAUUAGAAAGAAGAAACAGAUCCAAGCAAUCCAGAUUGCCAUCAUGGUUGAUAAUAUGCCACCUGAAUCUGCUGAAGAGUUUUCAGAGGUUGAUAGUGACGAAGAGGACACAUUUGAUGAGGUGCCAACCUUCUAUUACUAUAAUAAUGAAGAAGGAGAAUCACAACUAUACAGUGAAGAAAUUUCUAAGGCUUUAGCCUUGGAACAAGGAAACAAGCUUGAAAGAACUCAUCCUUCCCAUUCAUCAGAUUUGCCUUCAAUAAGGAUUAUAAAAGAUGAAAUGCCAUUACAUGUUGCUGCCUUCAAAUUAGAGUGUUUUUUGGGACAGAGACAGAUGUUAUCAAUGCUAAUAGAAGAACUGUGCGAGGAACAUUGUUUCAGUCAUAUAUUGAAUAAAAGGGCGCAUCCUUGCACAAUCUUGCACAAAUACUUGAAUCCUUAUGCAUUGAGGAGGAGCAAGUUGUUUGAGAUUUUCUUAGAUACCUUGCAAAGGGAGAUGAACAAAUAUUCCAAUUUAGUGGGUCAAAUUCUGAAUAUAAUAUCAAAGCGGCAGAUUGAUGCAACAGAUGUAAUCCAGUACGUUUUUCAUGGGACACCACCUGCAAACUUAGAAUCAAUUCUCCAGACUGGCAUGGAACCAUCUUGCCGAAGAAACCAUGCUCAAGCUGAUUUUUUUGGAAUGAAUGCUAGUGUGAGCAUUGGAUAUUGUUGUAAAGAGAAUCAUGUUUGCAAGACAGCAAAGCCAGGUGUUUACACAUUGCUAGUAUUCCUGGUGCUCUUGCCAGGAUCAAAUCAUAAUUUUAAUCAACGACUAGGCCAUUUGUAUUUGAAAAAUGAAGAUCAUGAACUUCCCAUAAUGCAAUUGGAUGUAGAAUAUCCAGGGAAUCAAGCUGUGCCAAGGCUGUUCAUAUAGGAUUUAUUGUUGUUCCCAAAAUAAGAUUCUGGAUUAAAGUUUGGAUGCUGCAUGUACUUGCAUUUAACAUUUACUGGGGUUACUGAUAGAGUUAAUUGUUUCCACAUUUCAAAAGAAAGGAAGGUUAUAUAAUUUGAAUCCAAAAAUUCCAGGAAAUGAAGGAAAAUGUAAAUGGGUCUCAAAGAAGUUAUUCUUAGGCCAGUAAAAGGACAAACUGCAAUAUGCUGUUUUUUGGAAAAGUCCACUUGCAUGGCUUUUUUUUUCUGAUUGUAAAUACCAUAUAUGGAUUUAUCAUCACCAUCAUAUUUGUAAUUGUGACUUUCAUAUUCAGUAUCAUUUCCAUA